AUGUCCAGACAACAAUCCAACCCACAAUCUACCCAGGGCAAAACUUAUCAAUUCAAACUCGUCCUUUUAGGCGAAUCUGCAGUAGGAAAAUCCAGUUUGGUUAUGAGAUUUGUAAAGGGACUUUUUGAUGAAUACAAAGAAAGCACCAUUGGAGCCGCAUUUCUUUCAAAAGAGGUUUCUUUAGAAGACAAUGUAACAGUAAAGUUCGAGAUCUGGGAUACCGCUGGCCAGGAGAGAUAUAAGAGUCUGGCUCCCAUGUAUUAUCGUAACGCAAACUGUGCAGUGAUUGUCUAUGAUGUUACCCAAGCAUCUUCUCUUGAAAAAGCAAAAUCCUGGGUAAACGAACUCCAACGUCAGGCUGAUCCCAAUAUUGUAAUUGCUCUGGCAGGAAACAAAAUCGAUUUAGAGUCAAGACGAGUGAUUGAAAAACAGACUGCCCAAGAGUACGCUAAUGAAAUGGGGUUACUGUUCUACGAGACUUCUGCAAAGAGUGGAGAAAAUGUCGAUGCCUUGUUUGAUUCGAUAGCGAGACGAUUGCCCUUGGAUCAAAUAGCAGAUACUUCAAGAGGUAGAAGAACAUUGAACAAUCGAGGCGUCGACCUUGACCAAGCUUCCUCAAAUGGUUGUGCAUGUUAA